AACUCGAAAGUGGAGUCCGCGUUAGUUUUUUUUUUAAUUUAGCGACGAUAACGCAAAUUUGAAAGUAUUGUUGGUGUUUGCGGUGUGCGCAAACCAGGACGCGUGUGGCGAUUAAUUCUUUUGGUUACGCCAGGUUGAGCUGUUUGUAAUGUAGUUUCAACACUCCGCUUCAGCGUAUGAAGACAUGACUUGCUAGCGGCUAGCGUUAGCGCUAACAGUUUCUUCAACUUGAACUGCACUCGCCAUUGAAAUUUACGGUUUUUUUUCUUUUUAAUUUUUUUUUUUACUCUUCUUAGUAAAAUUCUGAGAAUGCUGGCCACGGGAGCCGCUGUCACCAACGUCACUGCCUUGGCUCAGGUAGACCGGGAGAAGAUUUACCAGUGGAUCAAUGAGUUGUCCAGCCCAGAAACCAGAGAGAACGCCUUGCUGGAGCUCAGUAAGAAACGGGAAUCUGUGCCCGACCUGGCACCCAUGCUCUGGCACUCGUGUGGCACCAUCGCCGCCCUUUUGCAGGAAAUUGUGAACAUCUACCCCUCGAUAAACCCGCCCACGCUGACGGCUCACCAGUCCAACAGGGUGUGCAACGCCUUAGCGCUUCUUCAGUGUGUCGCCUCACACCCGGAAACGAGGUCGGCCUUUCUCGCAGCUCACAUCCCCCUUUUCCUUUAUCCCUUUCUGCACACUGUCAGCAAAACACGCCCGUUUGAGUACCUGCGACUUACCAGCCUGGGGGUCAUAGGCGCUCUGGUCAAAACGGAUGAGCAGGAAGUGAUCAACUUCCUCCUCACGACUGAAAUCAUUCCGCUGUGUCUCCGCAUCAUGGAAUCUGGAAGCGAACUCUCCAAGACGGUUGCCACUUUCAUCCUGCAGAAGAUCCUGUUGGACGACACGGGGCUGGCCUACAUCUGCCAGACGUACGAGCGCUUCUCCCAUGUGGCCAUGAUCCUCGGGAAGAUGGUGUUGCAGUUGUCUAAAGAGCCUUCGGCGCGUCUGCUGAAGCACGUGGUUCGAUGCUACCUCCGCCUCUCGGAUAAUCUCCGAGCCCGAGAAGCUCUGCGGCAGUGUCUGCCCGACCAGCUGAAGGACAGCACCUUUGCGCAGGUGCUGAAGGACGACACCACCACCAAGCGUUGGCUGGGCCAGUUGGUGAAGAACCUCCAGGAGGGCCAGGUGACCGACGCCCGGGGCAUCCCUUUGGCCCCGCAGUGAUGCCGCGAGAGUUGCUUGUACUUUGGCCAAACGUGGUGCUAGGACAGUCUGCGUAGGGAAGGGCUGCAUUACAGUCCAUUCCGAUUUGAUUUCCUUCUGGAGUUUUGCUUCCGGUAGCGGAGUCGUCAUCUCCACUGUCACAAUUUUUUUUCCCGAGAUGGACGAUUUACAUCCACUGAUCAAAUGCCCCCGCUAUGGGGA